ACGUUGAGGGGUCACUCCUCGUCAUGCCCUUUGACCCCCGCCAGCACGGUGCGCAUCUACCUCAGCUCCACCUGCUCAGACAUGACUGCGGAGAGGAAUGCUCUGUGGGAAAAAGCCUUUCCUGAGCUGCAGAGCUACUGCCAGACCCUGGGCCUUACCUUAGAGGUGGUGGACCUGCGCUGGGGUGUGUGUGACCGGGUGGCGGCGGAUCACAUGACGGUGGAGUUGAGUCUGGAGGAGAUCCGCAGGUGCCAGAGGGCCUCCAUAGGCCCCGCCUACAUCGCCUUACUGGGGAACCGCUACGGUCAUCGUCCAAUCCCGCGGCUGAUUCCCGAGCGAGAGUUCGAGCUGCUGGUGGGGAAGCUGUCGGAUCUCGACGACAUCAAGUUCCUCAACAAAUGGUUCUGGAGGGAUGACAACGCUGUCCCGCCCACCUACGUCCUGCAGCCAAUCAGCACGCACUUCCCCCACUACGAGGGGGCGGCGGCCGAGUGCGAGGAGCUGCGGCAGCAGGACGCCCUCUCCUGGCAGUACACGGAAGCGCGCCUCCUCAGGCUGCUCCGCAGCGCCGCCCUGCAGGCCGAGAAGGCAGGACAGCUGACCCCAGAACAGAGACACGCCUACUUCAAGUCUGUGACGGAGUGGGAGGCGGAGCAGGGCCUGCUGGCGGCCGGUGUGUGUGAGGGCUCUGGCGUGCUGUGUGUGCGCGAGUUCCCCAAGCUGCGCAGGAAGGAGCUGCAGAAGAUGGCGGCGUUCGCGGACCUCACGCUGGACGGGCUGCCGGACGGCGAGGCCCAGGAGCUGCUGGCGGCGCUGAAGGCCCGGCUCCGGCCCGCAUGCGGCCCGCGUCUGCACCAGCACAGCGUGGAGCCCAGCAGGAGCGGCGUGGAGCCCUCACGCAAGGAGCACGCUCAGUACCUGCAGCGCCUGCGGGAGCAGCUGAUCGCCCACGUCAAGGAGUCCGUCAGCGGGGGGGGGGCAGGCCGGGGGGGGCAGGGGGGGCAGGGGGGGCAAGGGGCGGGGCAAGGGGGCAGCUGGGGGUGGCUGCAGCAGGAGAUCUGCCACCACGCGCGUGUGUGUGAGCGCCAGUGUGUGGUGUUCCGGGGCCGGGAGAGCCUGGUGGAGAAGAUCCGUCUGAGCGUGACGGAGUCGGCCAAUCACAGGCGAGCGCCGCUGGUGGUGUGGGGGCCGGCGGGCGCGGGGAAGACGGCGCUGAUGUGUCAGCUGGCGCAGGAGGUCAGGGGUCAGCUGGGGUCAAAGGCCGUCGUGCUGCUGAGGCUGCUGGGAACCACAUCGCUGAGCUCCCACCUGGACACACUCAUCAGGAGCCUCUGCCUGCAGGUGUGCGGUGCGUUCGGGCUGCCGCUGCCCUCCUCCUCUGCGGCGCACACACUCCAGGAGCUCGUGCGCUUCCUGCACCUGACGCUGGACGAGGUGUCCGGCCGCGGGGAGACGCUGGUGCUGCUGCUGGACGCUCUGGAGCGCCUCUCGUCGCCCCCCCGGCUCCACUGGCUGCCCAAACUCCUCCCGCCUAACGUCCAUCUCCUGGUGUCCGUUAGCGACGCGUGUCCCGCGCUGGCCGUCUUGCGGGGGGCGAUAGAGGAUUCCGGACGCUUCUUCGAGGUGGCGGCGUUGCCAGGCGACGUGGGCGGGGCGUUGCUGGAGGCGCACCUGAGCGCGGAGGGGCGGAGCCUGCAGCCGGAGCAGGCGGAGGUGCUGCUCGGAAGCUUCCGGAAGACGGGCUGCCCGCUGCUCCUGCGGCUGAGCCUGCACGCGGCGCUGCGGUGGACGUCCUACACACACGCGGCCGAGCUGCGGGCGGGCGGCAGCGUGCCGGAGGCCGUGGACCUGAUCCUGGACCAGCUGGAGGCGCAGCACGGAACCAUGCUGGUCAGCAGAGCGCUGGGGUACCUCGCCGCCGCCAGAGAUGGUUUGUCGGAGGCCGAGCUGAGAGACGUCCUGUCGCUGGACGAUGAGGUGUUGGCGGAGGUGUACCAGCGCCGGCUGCCCCCCAACACCUCCCUGGUCCGCAUGCCCCCCCUGCUGUGGGCCCGCCUCAGACACGACCUGGCCCACCUCCUGCAGGAGAACCAGGCCGCCGGGGGCCACCUGCUCACCUACUUCCACAGGCUGCUGCGUGAGCGUGUGUGUGAGCGGUACCUGCGGGGGGAGAAGGGGACGCGGACACACACACUGCUGGCCGAAUACUUCCAGGGCGUGUGGGCCGAGGGCCGACCCAAACCCGUCCAGCUCCUGCAGACGCAGCUCAACGCAGACCGACAGGUGCCCUCUGAGCCUCUGUGGUUCGCCGAGGGCAUGGCCAACCUUCGGAAGCUGCGAGAGCUGCCCUAUCACUUGCUCCAUGCGGAUAAAUGGGAGGAGCUGUGUCAGUUGGUCAUCGGGAGCAUGGAGUGGCUGUGCUGUAAGGUUGUGACCUGCGGGGUUGCCGCGGUGAUGGAGGACCUGUCCCUGUGCACGACGCUCUACGAGUGUCCAGAGGUGCAGCUCAUCCUGGACGCCCUCGUCCUCCUCAAGCCCACGCUGGACUUCAUAGACACACACAUCGAGCCCUCAUUGCUGUACACUGAGAUCUUCGGGCGGCUCCAUGGUUUCUCGGAGACCUACCCUGCUCUGAUUGGACGGCUGUGUUCUCAGUGCCAGGAUUGGUUCUCCUCGUACGCUGAUCCCGUCCUUGUCCCCAAGAGCGCCUUCCUGCCCCCUCCUGGAGGGGCGCUGAAACACACCCUCACCGGCUUUAAGAAAGGUCCAGUGCUGGCGGUGAGGGUGGUGUGUGAGGACAGCAGCUGUGUGUCCUGUGGAGGCGACGGGGCUCUGAAGCGCUGGAGUCUCAUCACGGGAACACACACCUACUGCAUCCAGGACGCCUGUGUGAGGGCGUGGCACCUGGGCACAGGUGAGGCGUUGUACGAGGUGAGCCCCGGGCCGGCGGCCAUGUUGGGGACGCUGAGUGGGUGUGUGUGCGUGCUGUCAGACGGAGACCUGCUCACCUUCUACAAGGCCUCCACGGGACUGGAGAGAUGUGAGCUGGUGCUGGAUGAUGAUGAUGAUGAUGUGAGAUGUGAGCGGGUGCUGGUGCUGCUGCAUCUUCAGCCGUGUGGUUCGCUGCAGCGGCACUGCGAGCUAUCCCAUGAUGCCACAGUGCUGACGGCAGCGGCGUCCAGUCAGGCCGGGGUGGUGGUCAGCGGAGCGGAGGACCAGCUCAUCAGGGUGUGGUGUCUGUCUUCCGGAAAACUCCUGGACACAUUCCAUGGCGUGGGAUCCAGUGUGACGUCGCUAGCUGUCUUCGGGGAGACGGUCGUGUCAGCCUCGGCCUGCUCUGGUCAGCUGAAGGUGUGGCAGUUGAACUCUGACCCCAAGCACAAAGCCAAGAGCUCCGUUCCCGCUAACUGCUCCCUGGUGACGCUGUCCAAAGACGGACAGACGGCGUAUUUUGUGAAGCACGGCAACCGCAAAGAGGUCUUCUCAUGGGACUGUACAACAGGUGACAUCACAAGCACGUGUGCGGACGCCAUGGACACGUCUGCGGAGGUCCUGUGUCUGGAGCUGGCGCAGCAGAAGAAGCUGCUGUUCUGCGGCCUGAGGACCGGAACCGUCAUGAUCUACCCCUUGGACUUCCCCCUGGAGACCCUGUGCAUCCCCCCGCUGGAGGACAUGCCAAAGGUCCAGCGCAUGAGCAUCAGUCCUCACGAGGUGCGCAUGGCGGUGGCGUAUGACGACGCGGUGUGUGUGUUUGAGAUCACGGCGAGGGACAGCUUCCCGUGUGUGGACGGUCCGUUCGAGCGCUUCCCGCUGACGCUGCUGCCCUCGCCGCUGUCCUGCAUGGCGCUGCUGGCUGACUGCCGGCUGCUGUGCGGCACGGAGAGCGGCGCCGUGACGCUGCACGACUUCAAGAGCGCCUCGUCCGUCCCCCUGGAGCCCCACGCCGCCCGCAUCACCUGCAUCACACUCAGCCACCGCAGCGGCCGCGCCCUCCUGGCCUCCCACGACCCCGUCCAGCGCCUCUGGAGCCUCUCGCCCCUCAGGCUGGAGCACACCAUGGACCUCAGGGGGUUCCUGUUUGAAGGAGUGCUGUGUGCCGCCUUCUCUGUGAAUGACCAGUACGUGUUCACCGGAUCCCAGGACAAAACCAUUAAAGUGUGGGACGUAGCCAGUGGCCGGCUGCUCUACGUGCAGUACGUCUACUCCCCCAUCGUGCGGAUGCUGCCGCAGAAGGACGGACUGGUGGCCGUGUCACAGCUCGGCCAUUUCAUCAAGGAGGCGUUCCGCUGUCCCGGUGAGAUCCGGGCCAACUUCACCCCGCUGCGCAAGUUCCAGGCCCAGUUCAGACUCAUGUAUCGCCUGAAGAAACUGGAUCCAAAUGUCAAACUCCCUGGAGAGACCCCAGAGAACAACACAGAAAACGCUAAAGCGAAGUCGUCCAACACAUGCAUCCUUCUGUAGCACUGACUCAAA